UCUCACGUGACAUCUCUCCCGGAGGAGGGGGCCCUCAGCCAAGAUGGCGGCCUACCUGCAGUGGCGGCGUUUCGUAUUCUUCGACAAGGAGCUGGUGAAAGAGCCGCUGGGGAAUGAUGGAGCCGCCCCUGGGGCCGCGCCUGCCUCGGGACCCGCUGCUUCCAAGUUGCUUUGCCUCCCUCCUGGCAUCACUGUCUGCGAUUCAGGCCGAGGGAGCCUGGUCUUUGGAGAUAUGGAAGGCCAGAUCUGGUUCCUGCCCCGCUCGCUACAGCUUACAGGCUUCCAGGCCUAUAAGCUACGGGUGACACAUCUGUACCAGCUGAAGCAGCACAAUAUUCUAGCAUCUGUUGGUGAGGAUGAAGAGGGCAUCAACCCCCUGGUAAAAAUCUGGAACCUGGAGAAGAGGGAUGGUGGCAAUCCUCUCUGCACUCGAAUCUUCCCUGCCAUCCCAGGAACAGAGCCAACUGUCGUGUCUUGUUUGACUGUUCAUGAAAAUCUCAACUUUAUGGCCAUCGGUUUCACAGAUGGCAGUGUUACGUUGAACAAGGGAGACAUCACCCGGGACCGGCAUAGCAAGAGCCAGAUUUUGCACAAGGGCAACUAUCCUGUCACUGGACUGGCCUUCCGCCAAGCGGGAAAGACCACUCACUUGUUUGUUGUGACAACAGAGAACGUUCAGUCUUACACAGUUUCUGGAAAGGAUUACCCUCGCAUGGAGUUGGACAUCCAUGGCUGUGGCCUGCGCUGCUCGGCCCUAAGUGACCCUUCUCAGGACCUGCAGUUCAUUGUGGCCGGGGAUGAGUGUGUCUACUUGUACCAGCCUGAUGAACGUGGGCCCUGCUUCGCCUUUGAGGGCCAUAAGCUUAUUGCUCACUGGUUUAGAGGCUACCUUGUCAUUGUCUCCCGUGACCGGAAGGUUUCUCCCAAGUCAGAGUUUACCAGCAGGGACUCCCAGAGCUCCGACAAGCAGCUUCUCAACAUCUAUGACCUGUGUAACAAGUUCAUAGCCUAUAGCACCGUCUUUGAGGACGUAGUGGAUGUGCUUGCUGAGUGGGGCUCCCUGUACGUGCUGACGCGGGAUGGGCGGCUUCACGCACUGCAGGAGAAGGACACACAGACCAAACUGGAGAUGCUGUUUAAGAAGAACCUAUUUGAGAUGGCAAUUAACCUGGCCAAGAGCCAGCACCUGGACAGUGACGGGCUGGCCCAGAUCUUCAUGCAGUAUGGGGACCAUCUCUACAGCAAGGGCAACCACGAUGGGGCUGUCCAGCAGUAUAUCCGAACCAUUGGGAAGUUGGAGCCGUCCUACGUGAUCCGCAAGUUUCUGGAUGCGCAGCGCAUCCACAACCUGACCGCCUACCUGCAGACCCUGCACCGGCAAUCCCUGGCCAAUGCCGACCACACCACCCUGCUGCUCAACUGCUAUACCAAGCUCAAGGACAGCUCAAAGCUGGAGGAGUUCAUCAAGACGAAGAGUGAGAGUGAAGUGCACUUUGAUGUGGAGACAGCCAUCAAGGUCCUCCGGCAGGCCGGCUACUACUCCCAUGCCCUCUAUUUGGCUGAGAACCACGCGCAUCACGAGUGGUACCUGAAGAUCCAGCUGGAAGACAUUAAGAAUUACCAGGAAGCCCUUCGGUACAUCGGCAAGCUGCCUUUUGAGCAGGCAGAGAGCAACAUGAAGCGCUAUGGCAAGACCCUCAUGCACCACAUACCAGAGCAGACCACCCAGUUGCUGAAGGGGCUCUGUACUGAUUAUUGCCCCAGCGUUGAAGGCCGAGGCGAGAGGGAGGCUCUGGGCUGCAGGGCCAACUCAGAGGAGUUCAUCCCCAUCUUUGCCAACAACCCGCGAGAGCUGAAAGCCUUCCUGGAGCACAUGAGUGAAGUGCAGCCUGACUCGCCCCAGGGCAUCUAUGACACACUCCUUGAGCUAAGGCUACAAAACUGGGCCCAUGAGGAGGAUCCACAGGUCAAAGAGAAGCUUCACGCGGAGGCCAUCUCCCUGCUGCGGAGUGGGCGCUUCUCCAAUGUCUUCGACAAGGCCCUAGUCCUCUGCCAGAUGCAUGACUUCCAGGAUGGGGUCCUUUACCUCUAUGAGCAGGGGAAACUGUUUCAGCAGAUUAUGCACUACCACAUGCAGCACGAGCAGUACCGGCAGGUGAUCGCCGUGUGCGAGCGUCACGGGGAGCAGGAGCCCUCCCUGUGGGAACAGGCGCUCAGCUACUUUGCCCGCAAAGAGGAGGACUGCAAGGAGUAUGUGGCAGCUGUGCUAAAGCAUAUCGAGAACAAGAACCUCAUGCCACCCCUUCUAGUGGUGCAGACCCUGGCCCACAACUCCACAGCCACCCUGUCCGUCAUCAGGGACUAUCUGGUCCAGAAACUGCAGAAACAGAGCCAGCAGAUUGCACAGGACGAGCUGCGCGUGCGGCGGUACCGAGAGGAGACCACCCGCAUCCGUCAGGAGAUCCAGGAGCUCAAGGCCAGCCCUGCCCUCACUGUUGGCCACGCAUUGCCUGUCUCCCCUGCCUGUAGUCCGAAGAUUUUCCAGAAGACCAAGUGCAGCAUCUGUAACAGUGCUUUGGAGUUGCCCUCAGUCCACUUCCUGUGUGGCCACUCCUUCCACCAGCACUGCUUCGAGAGUUACUCGGAAAGUGAUGCCGACUGCCCUACCUGCCUCCCUGAAAACCGGAAGGUCAUGGACAUGAUCCGGGCCCAGGAACAGAAACGUGAUCUCCAUGACCAGUUCCAGCACCAGCUCAAGUGCUCCAAUGACAGCUUCUCUGUGAUUGCUGACUACUUUGGCCGAGGCGUUUUCAAUAAAUUGACUCUGCUGACAGACCCUCCUACAGCCAGACUGCCCCCAAGCCUGGAGGCCGGGCUGCAGCGGGACCUGCUCAUGCACUCCAGGAGGGGCACUUAAGCAGCUCAUGGGCAGGGAUACGAUAGUGGAGGUACAGCAGUGUGGACACAGGGACGGAGGCUCAGCUGUUGCCCAGGAGGCAGAUGUGCCAGGACAUCACUCUGAUCUGAUGCCGUAGCCUCA